AAUGCAACUUUUAUGUCUUUGUUGCGAUUUUAUACCACCUUGUGGUGAAUCUGAGGAGGUUCAAGUGGGCCCAAACUACCCAACAUCAAGUUUAAAAUAUUGUAUAUCAAAAUACUAUUAAUGCCAAUGUUGUAUAUGCAAGUGCUCUUUGAAAUGGAAAGAAUUCAUGGCGAUGAUAGAUCCACUGGCUAACUGUGGAUGCCAGAUGGAGUGUGUUUUUCAGUAACAGUAUUAUGAGAAGCCCAUUUUGUUGCUACGUUCACUGAGAAUGAGUGAAGCUGAGAGGAUCGUGGAUUAGUGGGGCACUGUCUCUUUUAGUGUGUACAAUGGCUAAUAUGUAACAGCUGUAAAAGCAAUGGUCUGUAAAACAUCUAAUGGCUACACAGUCAGGGUGUAAACAGUUUUUGUAACGUCUCUUAAAAUGCUGAGCUCUCAUGACUUAGGCACACAUCAUUUUAUUCCUUGUGGGUUCAAAUUGAAGAGCUUGCAGUUGUUGCCAUGGCUCCAUUGAAUGAUUUAUGAUGCCAGGUUGAGAUAUAAAGCAAUCUUAGGUGUGGAAGGGGUUCAUGGUGCUUUGACUGGUGCUGAAGAAGCAGCUGUUGCACUCUGGCACACAGAAAGGAAACCUCAGAUGGAUUUUGUCUACAGCAGUGAGGUGCUGGUUAUACAGCACCUCCAGAACAACUACAGGGAACUCCGUGUCUUCCUCAACUUCAUGUCAACUGUGGGAGACCCUCGUAAUAUUUUCUCUGUUUAUUUCCCCCUAUGGUUCCAUCUCAGUCAUAAUGUGGGCACCAAGAUGAUAUGGGUGGCUGUUAUUGGGGACUGGUUCAAUCUUAUUUUCAAAUGGAUUCUGUUUGGGCAGCGACCUUACUGGUGGGUGCAAGAAACUCACUUCUACCACAACGAUUCAUUCCCACAUUUGGAGCAAUUUCACAUCACAUGUGAAACAGGGCCAGGAAGUCCAUCUGGUCAUGCCAUGGGCUCAUCAUGUGUGUGGUAUGUGAUGAUCACCUCGGCUGUCAGCUUUACCAGACCGCCCUCCACUGUCACUUCUGUGCAGAGUUUUCAAAGGUUUCACUUUUUGAGGUCUUGUCUGUGGAUGGCUUUUUGGGUCAUUCAGAUAAGCGUUUGCAUCUCCAGGGUUUUUAUUGCAACACAUUUCCCACAUCAAGUUAUCCUCGGCCUUUUAGCUGGUAUGCUGGUUGCCGAGGCGUUUGAUAACAUCCCCUCAGUCUACAACGCAAGCUUGAAAGUUUACCUCCAGACCAAUGUUUUUCUUUUCUCUUCUGCUGUUUGCUUUUAUCUGAUCCUCAAAUCAACAGACAUUGAUCCUUUGUGGUCAGUUACUAAAGCCAAGAAGUGGUGUGCUAACCCAGAUUGGAUCCAUCUUGACACAACACCUUUUGCCGGUCUGGUGAGAAACCUGGGACUCUUGUUUGGUCUGGGCUUGGCAGUGAACUCUCAGAUGUUCAUUCAGAUCUGUAAGGAGAAGAAUGGCUACAAAACCAGAUUUAAACUCAUGUGUUUGACAGCAACGCUCACAUCUCUGCAACUGUAUGAUUUUAUCAAAAUGCCCACUCACUCUGAGGGUCUGUUUUACAUUUUAUCAUUUUGCAAGAGCGCUUCAGUUCCUCUUGUUGUGGUCGCUGUUAUUCCUUACUGUGUUCAGUUACUGAUUGGAGAUGAGGACAGGAAGCUAGUUUAGAUUAUGGAAGAACUGUUAUGUUUUAUCACAUUUUAAUUAGCAUUAAAGGAUAUCAGAUGGGUUAUGUCCUGUGUCAGACUGUUAUUCACAGUUAUUGCACAGUCACAUAAGCACUGUUGAAAUAAGUUACAUUACUGGGGUAGAAUAGAAAUAUGUUUUUUAUGUGGUCUAACUUGAUGUGAUAAACAUAGCAAAGUAUGACAUGUGUAGCCUCUCUGAGUUUUUGUCUUUUCUCUGUUUUGUUUGUUUUACAUGUACAGCCCACUGUAUGAUUGAAUAUGUAAAGCAUUAAUGACAUGAUAUAAAAGAUGGUUGUAAAUAAAACUGUUUCAUU